AAAAAUCUCAAUCACAGCCAGCUCAACCUGUUUGCUUUCUUUCUCCACCGCACAAAUGUUUCAUUUGAAUCCUAGACUUUGCUCUCACGCUCAUCCUCUGCUCUGCACCUUAAAGAAGAAGACGGAAGAUGAUCAAUUUGUUUGAUGAGCCCUAAUUUAUCAUUGAUCAAUUGAUCGGGUUUAUUUCCAAAGCGGUGUCGGUAUCGUCGUUUAAGAGGUGGAAAGAUUUUAUUCAAGAUUGAGGAUGAGGAAGUCCAUGAACCUGCUGCUGCUGCUGAUCUUGAUCCAGGUCCUUCAACCCUCAUCAGCACAAAAUGCGAGCACCGUAUCCGCCAACACGACAGCGGGGAUUUUGAUCCCACCAGUGGAUGUCUCGGUGUUUGUGGGGGACCCCGCCGUGUUUACCUGCGCUGUGCCUGAAACAUCUCCCGCCGUCACUUUCAAUUUAUCCGGGGGUCACGGAAAUUACAGCCUCACCUGCCCUGGUGGCCGUGUGGAAGAUAUCCCCCAGGCUCUUUAUGGAAGUUGUCUUAUAAAAAACGGACAAUCGCUGGCUGUGUGGACCUUCAAAGGAACCUCCAAUUCAGACAAUAACACCAGAGUGGUUUGUCAGCUGCCAAAUAAUUUGGACCGCUCCACUGCCACUCUACGAAUUUAUGAUAAUGGCAGUCACUUGGCAAUCCUCAUUGGCUGCGCUAUCGGGGCCUUCUUUGGUAUCCUCCUGGUAUUUGCUUUGUUGUACGUAUUUCUGCAAAGAUCCGAGGGCUUCCGCAAAUGUUUCCGGCGCAAAGAAGAUGAAGAUGACGUGCUCUCAAUUAUAGCCAAAGAUGUUGAAAAGAAAAAGGAGAAGGAUUGAUAACAUAACCUUCAAAACGGUAAAUCAGGCUACCAAAUCAGGCUUGAAACCAAUCAUCUGCCAAUAUGAACUGGAAAAAAAGACAUCGUAAAAUAUCCCAAAAAUAUACAUAUAUUAAUAAACAAAACAACAAUCAGCCAUUUUUUUCCGAGGUUUUAUUGACACAUUCUUAGAAUGAUCAGUUGAAAUGAAUGUUACAGAGAUGUUUCGGUGUGGGACAGUCCUUGGAGGUGUUUUGUUUAAAAUGAACAAAUUAUGAACC